CGGCCCGCAUGCAUGUGUGUGUCUAAUCGUAUGGCGUGAUGUUGUUGUUAUUAUCGGAUGUUGUUGACGACAUCGCGAAGUCGUUAAGUAGGACCAUCCCAGGCGCUAGAAAUUUAGUCUCAGACUCACCAGCAAACAGAACAGAUAUACGCGAAGCACCAAGGCAUCCCACUAGCCAGUGAGGUCGUGCCCCCAACUACAGACUUUAAAGUGAACAGACUAUAAACAGGCAAAAGAGACACGGCAGAACUAUUUCAAGCAACGGAUAACAAGUUGGUGUGAUUUUAAGCAAACGUUUUUUUUGUGAAUAUUGCAACAAACGACGUGUCAGUGAACGAGUGUAACCCCUGCCAGCAGUUACAGCCAGUGCCUUUUCCCAUUUUAUUGGUGCCGAGUGGUGGUGGUGUAUGCUUAAUUUAGUACGCGCCCUGAGCACGGAGUGGAUUUGUGCAACCGAAGCACAGUAGGCGAGAGCAUCGCACUGUGCCACAGACGUUGAAAACGACAGCGACGUAGAAAAGGAAAAUCAAAUCAUAAGUUUACUAAAAAGAUAGUGAUAACAAAAAUUUACACACAGUUAAAACGUGGACGGGUGUGGACGAGAAUAGUGCAAAACCGGUGGACAAAUUAUUGUGAUAAACAGGCCGAAGCAAUAGAAAAUGCAAAUCGAGUACAAAAAGUGUACCAAAUUGUUUUCUGGCUGUGGCGUAGCGUCACUGUUGGGAGUAUUGAGCUAUGAAGCAUACCGGACGUACGCAGCCCUUUCCUCGUUGGUCGACACACGUGUGCUAGACAUUGACCGGAAGCGACCGGACUACAUCUACAUCAAGCAUCAUAUCUACCGGCAGUCGCUGCGCGAGCGUGCUCUCGAUGCGGAGAAUCAGCACCGGCUGCUGAACAUCGUCGUACAGCCAUUCGAGAAAUGGUGGAAAGCGCUGAAGCAUUCCGUCGCCUGGAGGUUGCUCCGGAUCGCCCAGCAGGGCGAUCAAGCCGAGCGUCUAAAGGCCAUCCAUCAGCUUGCACAGAUCGAUCAUUUAAAAGAUUGGGACUUUCAGCAUCUGGCUCAGCUGUGCGAUUACCGGACAGCGAUCUCACUAGCUCGGUCGAACUGUGACACCCGAUGGUUCCUGCCACCGCGUCAGUAUGGCGUCGAGAAGGAGAUGCGCGAGGUGCUGGUCGAUAUGAAAUCACUGCUAGAGCUUUUGUCACCGCACAAAUGUGCCGCCUAUGCGCUGGAGCAAACAUUCGGCAGUUCCGCACACAUUCGCGAACCGGACGGUGAUGAGGUGACGUACCAGAUGUCUCCUUCCCGGUUCGAGUACGACCAGCUUAAACAGUCGCUCAGCGCACUGAUACACCUGACCGGGCUGGUCGGACCGGAAGGGAGAGAGCACUGCCGGCAAAUAGUCAAUUCCGGUGGGUUGCUGAUGCUGCUCGAAGCGGAGAAGUUGUUCCGUGGUGAUAUCGACAUGAAGCUGCUCAUAAGCAGGCUCGUGGGGAACUUGUCCGCGUGCGAAGGUUUGGGUUACGAGUUCUAUGCCAGCGGAUGGAUCGGCAUACUGGCACGGUGGAAGCGAGACGUGGACAUGCGUAUGCAGGUAACGGCCGAUCUGACGCUGGAAAACCUCGAUCAGGACGAUCCGAACGGUUUCCGGUACGCGCCGAAAGUGUAUCCAUUGCAUCCGCGCGGUCGCCAGCAAGCCAAACCAGCCGUCGACGUGGUGUUCAUCCACGGAUUAUUAGGUGGAGUAUUUGUCACCUGGCGUCAGAAGGAUCUCAAACCGCAGGCCGCCAGUCUACUAGGUAAGAAACAUAAAGACGUUCAUUUAGUGUCCACAUCGUCUCCCUCCACCACCGACAUUGCACUGCAACCACCAUUGGACGAUUUACCAUUGACCCGCGCGAAAUGGACAAACACAACCACGGACCACGAACGGAGAGGCUCGGCUGCUUCCGCCCGCUGGUACAAAAGUUGGUCCGCCAAAAAAUCCUCCUUUGAGGAAGACGCCGUGGAAGCCGAAGAGGGCAUUGCACCGUACAGAGAUGAACUGCUUACGUUCCAGGAAUCAACCACAGCCGUACCGCGCGAUGCAUCGAUCAGUGACACCGAUACCAAAGAGCUAAUUGAAGCACUGCAACAGGAAGAACCACUCGGCUCGGACUGGACCGUGGUCUAUCCGGAUGUGCCACUGAAGGCGGAUGAGGACGUCCGGGCAGGCAAACCCUCGGCAACCGCUGACGGAACGGCAUGCAGCGUGUCGGGAGAAAGUUGGCUACAGGAACCACUCGAAUCCGGUCAGCGAUCGUUCUGCUGGCCAAUGGAGUGGCUUCCGAAAGACUUCCCGAGCAUACGCGUGCUGGGGCUCGACUACGAUUCCUCCCUCUCGCAGUGGUCCGCGACAGGCUGUCCGUGCGAGAAGUACGACGGCAAGCUGCAGAAGCGUGCGGCAGAAUUUCUGGAAAAGCUGGCAACCUCGGACGUAGGGCAGGAUCGGCCCAUCAUCUGGGUCGGCCAUUCGAUGGGCGGUCUGCUGAUCAAGAGCAUCAUGGUGCAGGCACUGGAGAGUCCCAAUCCCAAGGUGCGCCGCCUUGCCGAGAAUUCGCGCGUCGUCAUGUUUCUCGGUACGCCCCAUCGGGGCAGUGGCGUGGCCAAGCUAAAGCAGCACACAUCGGCCCUGGUUUGGCCCUCGGUAGAGGUUCAGGAGCUGGAAGAAAAUUCCACCCAGCUGUUGCAUCUAAACAAAACGUUCCUGCGGGCGGUCGACGGGUUGGGACCACGCAAGCCUGAAAUCAUCACCCUCUGCGAGGGUCGACCAACCGUGCUUACCUCGUUCAAGCUUGCCAUUCACGUCGUGCCGGAAAGCUCCGCCCGUAUCGAUGCGGGCGAUUUCUAUCUCACCAGCGAGGACCAUCUGAAUCUCAGCAAACCCAUCUGCCGGCAAUCGUUCCUUUACCAGCGGCUGGUCGGUGCCAUCCAGGAUGCGAUGCGCCACAAUGGGGUGGAUAGUGCGAAGAUACCGGCAGCCAAGGAAGCUACAACCAUCGCACACCAGCAGCAACAGCAUAUUUUCCACGGUACCAAGAAGAGCAGCAGUUCAUCAUCGUCCGCCCUGUCGGUACUGUACACACAGCUGAAACAGUUUGAACAGUUGAUGAAUGUGUUUAUCUGAAUUGGUUCCAAAGCUGAAGUUACCACAAAACUCCGUUCAACCGUUGACAACGACAUCGCAUUUGUUUCGAUGUAAAGAAGUGAUCUUUUUUAAAAGUUAUUUAAUGUUUGUGUAAUUUAGACCUAGCGCGAAACACAUUUUGUAGUUCCGUUAUUUAUUUAUUGUUUCUGCAUAGUUUAUGGAACUGUUACGAAGCAUAUUUACACCGAGAAAGUAUUUAAUAAUAAAAUGAAACUGAACAA